CGCACGGACCUCGCGGGUUUCAUGGUGUUGACCUCGAUCCUCGAUAGCUCAAUCCCAACCGCGUGUCCCCAUCGACUCCUUUCACUUGAAAAAUAUCUUCUUCGACUUCUUUACGCACCGUCGAAGUUCUUUAGUUGACGACUGCACAUCGUGACAAAUCGUUCCAUCGUUUUAGUACGGUUCAACGAACACCAAUGUGUAAUAUUGUUUAAGGAAAAAACUCCGGGUUACACUGGCCUUAAAGAUUUUGCUACAAGCCACGAUCACUUUUCGUCCCUUUGUGCAGUGAACUCGUCUCUGACGAUCCAUUGAUCAACUGCUGUGGGCAUUCUCACCGUUCGUUACUUCCUUCGCAUCUCGUUCAAUCGAAUGCAAUAAAAACUGGUAAUUCGAUUGCAGAAGAAACUAGAUCAUGCUGCGUCGUCACGAUUGAAUGAAACUCUGACUUUUGGAGCCUUCGGAAAACCCUGAAACAAUCAUGAAUACUAAUUUCAUAAGAAUCAGCAUCUUAUUGCUUUUCUACGACUGUGUGACCGCGCUCAUUAUUCCGGAAGAACUUCCGACAAUACUUUCUCUCAUCUAUUCGAACAUACCACCUAUAAAAAAAGGAACGGACUCGAGAGUCGGAGUCGGCUUCAGGCUGGGGGAACAUGCCGAUUUCCAGAUUCUCGUCGAACUUGGACCUCAAAAAGAAACAGAAGCAAUUGGCAAUGCCGAAUCGAAGAGACGCAGGAUGGCAACUUACGGAGCCGCGAUGAGAGGAGAACUGGGACCAUGGGCCCAAUCUGUUGCUAAAUAUCAAACACAGAUGAGGAUUCAAAACGAGUUGGCGAAAAUGAAACAACUCGAGGACAAACUGGCGAAAAUCAAACUCGUAAAUGGAGAAAAGCUCGAUCACAAAAAGGUGUCGAGUAACGAUUGGUUGCAAAAAUGGAGCAAAGGAUUGGACCCGGUUGGUGAAAAAGAUUUGCUAAUGAGAUCGCCACCGAUGGAGACGAUUCCUCUCAACGUUAAAAAUGAUAAAAGGAUCGAUCGACCGACGGAUUUGAAUGGGAAGGGUAACACUAACGACAAAGUUGCAGACCUCCAAAAACUGUUCAAGCAGCAACCGACAAGUUAGAAGUGGCCUUCCGCCCAAACAUCGUCGUAUUCGUGGUGAAUUAUCAUUGAACGAGCAGUUAAAAUAAAAGAAACUGAUUAUGACGAUGCCUUCGUUUGGAAAUAGAGGAUUCCUUAUGGGUAGGACCUUCUUUUAUAUUCCGAAACGAGGGAAAAUCAAUUUUAUUGUUCGCCGGUAACUUAUCGACGGUGAGCACUGUAAUUCCCCAACUUCGGUUUGCAAAAUAGAUGUUACCGAUCAUUGUAAACAGAAUAUGACCCUGGGCAAAGAAAUCCGGCUCAAUCGAUAUAAAAUAUAAUAUCGAUAGAGCUCUUUGUAAAAUAAUUUUUAAGGCUGGACUUCGAGAGCUGAAUCAGUAGAAAAACGAAGCACCAUUUCGAGUAUUUUGAUUUCGAGUUUUCAAAAUUACGAACAAAAAUGAAUAUUUUGUAGAAUUCAUUUCUGCUACUUUUGCAAAUUCCUGCUCUUUUUUUAAAACACUCGGGUCAACGAGUAAUCUGAAAAUUCUUAAUGUAAUAACACGAAAGCGUAAUUUGUGAAACCUCUAAAAAAACUUUGAACGAGCGUGAGUAAAUUCCAAUCUGAGACCAUUUUAUCGAAGAUACGUGAACUGAAUUUUAUGAGCGAAAUGCCUUUUCAAAGAGGAGAUAAUCAAAAAAAUCUUCCAACAGAUUCAUUCCUUGUUAGAAAUUUAUCGUUUCUUACUAAGUAGAACGAUCCGUGUGUACAAAUUUUAAAACUGAAUGAAGAUGAAAUAAAAUCUACGUGAUCGAUUGUACAAAACGUCCGAAUGCUCCUGUAAAAAUAUUCAAAUUACGAAUGACAUUGAAUACGUAAAAACUGUUUGUUUAGACACUUUUAUUGCGUUAUAUUACACGAAAUAAUUAUAUUUAUAUUUAUAUUUAUAUUUAUAUAUAAUAUA